AUGGAUUUGUGUACGAAACUCACCAUGAAAUUUACGGGGUGCGGGAUUAAGUCCCGAAACAUGGAUUGGACGGCUGCUGCUGAAACUGCUUAUCAAAGCCAACUUCAUUUACAGUGCCUUGCUCUGUUGCAGCCAAGAGCGAGAACGAGGAGAGGGAGAGAUAAACAAAGGUCCUAUGGGAGGUAUGCUUAUAGCUAUAAACGAGUCGAGUUGAACUCAAACUUAAAGUGCUCGAGCUGGGUUAAGGGGACUGCUCGCAAGAAAAGCACGUCGCCGAUCGACAGGCUCAGCUCCUUGCCAGACGACGUCAUCUACAAAACCCUCUCAUUCUUCCCGGCGAUCGACUCCAUCACGACCAGCGUCCUCGCGAGACGAUGGAGGAAUCUGUGGGCCCACGUCCCCGUCUUAUACUUCUCCGAAAUCGACUUAGUUAACGAUGCGCUAAACCAGAUAUGUGCGAUUACGAGCCUAGUCGAUUUGAGCCUCGAUUUGUGCCUAGAUACGAAGUUGUCCCAAAUCAUCUUCUCCUGCAAAACCCUAGUCGAUUUGAGCCUCGGUUUGUGCUACAUUCCGGACUCCGGAGACGUGUCCCUGCCCGCCCUUAGGAAUCUUAAACUCGAAAUUGUCAGCUAUGAAUCGUAUAAGUCCCUCCCGAACCUGCUUUUCGGGUGUCCGGUUCUUGAGGAGUUGGAAAUUGAGACAGGAUGGGACCUUCUUCGAGGUAUGUGUUGGAGUUUGUGGGUAAGCUUUGUUGGGUUUAUGAAUAUAACCAUCUCUGAAUUUUCUGUUUUGAAUGUUAAGUUUCCUAAUUUGACCAAGCUUGUGUUGGAGGAGGCUUAUGAGGGCUUUGUAACGGUUUUUCUUGAAAAUGCUGAUAAUCUUGAAGUUCUGCCCAUCACAUUGCUUUAUCAGUUCGAAGAGGAGGAUCUGAACUACUGGGUGGAACCGAAACAAGUGCCGACAUGCCUGAUAUCACAUCUUAAAUAUGUUGCAAUGUAUGGAUUUGAAGGUGUGGAACCUGAGCUUGACAUGACAAAAUAUUUGUUGAUGAACUCAAAAGUCUUGAAGAGUUUUAAAAUAAAGCCCCGAAGCCAGCAGCCGCGUUUGAAGGGAAAUUUAUAUUUAGAUGUGUAUGCUCAUAUAUAA